AUGAUUGAGUCAUUAGCUGUGAUUGUUACGACUGAUAAUUGUCCGUGGGAAAAAGAACGAUAAUUAUUCCAGCAUCCGAAGACUCCAUCACUGGCUGUCUCCCUUGUGUCAUCUUUCUUAUUAGAAGUCAAUGACAAAGCAGAUUAAUAACUAGUUGGAAGUUCCUUGUGAAAUCUUGCAAAAGAUUUGAAAAAUUAAAGACGUUAAUCUUAUUCUUACGGUAAUGACGAGUUACGAGGUAUUCAUUGGCUAGCCCAUUGGCGUUAGAAAUGCAAGUAUAUAUUCAAAUAGGUGACGAAUGCAUUGUUGAGAAUAUGACGGUUCCCGGCGGUUGUUUCUUCACAUUGAUAAAGGAAGAACUGAGUGCUUGGGUGAGGGAGGAAGAAACAUACCGUCAGUUGAGGAAACGCUCACUUGGCCACUGAAGUAGAUACGGGGAGCGGCGGGCAGGAGACAAACUCUCAAGUGACAAGUGAGUAAAGGAGACAAACUUUCAGGUGACAAAUGAAGAGAGGAGACAAACUCUCAGGUGACAAGUGAAGAGAGGAGACAAACUUUCAGGUGACGAGUGAAGAGAGGAGACAAACUCUCAGGUGACAAGUGAAGAGAGGAGACAAACUUAACGGCGACUUGUGAGGAGGGGGAGAGCAACUUUACGGUGACUUGUGAGGAGAGGAGGGAGGUUUUAGGAGGAGACACGCCCUGGGGAAUAUUUAACGUCGGGAGUAUGAGGUUCCUCGACGUCGGAAUCGAUUUUCUUCUGAUCCAGACACUCACAGAAAUUGUACUGUCCAACAAUACCAUUGGUCGAACUUACACACUAUUUCCGGCCAAACAGACCUGGAAUGAGGUCCAGGACUUCUGCGUCACUUCCGGUUCCAGCAUGCUCAAAAUCGGUUCUGAGGAGGAGAUGGAGGAAUUCAAGCAAAUAAUGAGUACUUGGGAGAAUAAUAGUCUGUUAACGGAUUACUUGUGGAUGGGCCUCUACCACUCCAAUCUGUACGAUGGCAGCAACGUUGUUUACCAGUGGCAACAAGACUGCACCAACCUCAGCACCUACACCAACUGGCGCCUCAGCAAGCCAAGCGACCAAGACAUCGACCACUGCGUGGCUGUAACCCUGGAAGGGAAGUACAGGACCCGUCCCUGUAAUCAGCUUUACCAUACUGUAUGCCAGGAAAAUGGGCCGUGUAAGUUUGAGAAGAACAACGGCGGCGUCUUCCUAUACAGCGAACUGCACUCGAAGAGUGCAUCAGACAUGAGCAUAUGCGAACAGGAGUGUCUGAGCAGAGUGGGGACCGUUUCUGAGUGCAUAGCUUUUGUAUACAAGGCCAACAGGUGUGACGUGUACGUUCUCAACACAACGUUUCUGAUUGUGCUCUGUCCGUCCCCAGAGCAGCUCCGUGACAAGACCUGCUACACAGGUGAGAUUAAUUCCAACGACAUCGUCGUCACAUCCAACAAAAAUCGCCAACCCGAGGACAGGUGCUACCAAACAACAAACUACACAACGACUGUUACGACAACGCCAACGCCAACACCUACGCCAUCAACAGCACCAUCAACGGAAGCGAGUCCAGUCUUCAACUGCACUGCUAAUUCGGGCAUCCAGUGGGUCGAUCCUGGCAAGCUGAAUGUCACCUACCUGAACGAAUGCCUCCUGUUGAACAAGAAGGACCUAUCCUGCCAUGUCCGAUCCUUGACGUCCGCAGAAGACAACCGCCCUUCUGCCAUUGCUCUCGGGGCUGUGUGGGCGUUCCUGCUCUUUGCUGCGAUUUUCUGUAUCAUACUGAUGGAUAACGACGCUUUGUUUCAAGAUCGCAAGCCGGCUCGGAGGUGUUUGGUUGAGAUCCACAGAAUUGUCGAUUAAGGACAAAAGAAUUAAAACCUGGAUCUCGAAAAUACGGCUGCUCCCAAGAUCCUCAGGUCACACUCAAACUUCAUCUACAAAAUUGGGUAGGUUACGGAGGUCAUGAAAGAAUUAUACGGAGUUUUCUUGUAGAACUAAAGAGACAACCAUUUUUCAUUUUACCAUUGUUAAACGUUUUCGGUAUUUUUCCAACACUGGAUACUGUUGAUUCUACCAUGCCUGUGAUUGAUUAAUUAAAGUCAUUCGGAGGUAUAUAUUCACGUUAUAUACCUCUGGUUUUCCAACACAGUAUGUAUUUUGUCAAAGUCUUAAUACGUUUCAGUCACCCAUCAUCUCCGCUAUAUGUUAACGGCUUACGUGUGUGUGCGUGCGUAUGUGUGUUGUGUCCGAUCCCAGAGAGUCCCACAAAGUAAAGUGGCUGGAUCCCAUCUGAUCAGAUUAUUCAUGGAACUUUAAGAUUUUGUGAUUAGAAAUUGAAGGAGAACUGAAUUGUCAUUUAUUGCUUUUAAAUAUAACAGUAAAACUAGCUAUAUAUACUAGCCACAUAAAGAAACUGUGCA